AUGCCCUCUAUCAUCGAGAAUCACGAAGUCAAGGACUUUCGAAACCGAGCAGUGUUUGUCCACUGCGAUGAUGCAAGAGGCAUAGAGGAACCAGCCACCGGUUCCAAUUUUUACGAUGCAUUCCACUGGAUUCUCUUUGUCGUUACCGGUUUAGGAUGGUGCGUGGACAAUACAUUUUCUCAGGGCAUCACUGCCAUCCGUCCGGCUGUUGCAAACGAAUUCACAGACGUUGGUCGACUUAGUUUUAGUUCUAUUGCGUACUACGUUGGACUGAUAGUAGGUGCUUGGUUUUGGGGUACUGGAGUCGACUUUAUUGGAAGAAAGCCCGCUUUCAAUGCUACGCUUUUCUACGGGGCCAUCUUCGCAUGCGCCUCUGCCGCAUCACCCAACUUCUUGACCUUUUGCUGUCUAUGGGCUGUCAUCGGGACAGCAGCGGGGGGUAACGUGCCCGUCGACAGCAUCGUGUUUCUGGAGUUUAUGCCACAAAGCCAUCAAUGGUUGCUUGUCACGCUGUCGGGCUGGUGGAACUUUGGCCAGGUUAUUGUCUCGUUGGUGGCAUGGGUGUUCCUGGCCAACUUUGCUUGUCCCUCUAGCCAAGCACCCUGUUCAAGAGCAGAAAAUAUGGGAUGGCGCUAUGUCAUGGUUACGCUCGGUGGUCUUGCGUUGGCCUUUGGUAUCAUUCGGAUUUGGGUUUUCAAGAUCCCGGAGUCUCCCAAGUACCUAAUUUCCAAGGGUCGUGAUGCCGAAGCUGUCGAGGCAGUAAACUACAUUGCUCGAUACAAUGGAAAACCGGAAACCCUGACAAUAGAAAUGUUCCAGGAGAUAGACGUGCUCACUGCUACCAACGAAGGCUUGACUGAGACCUCUGGCAACAACCAAGCCCUUACUGUUUCAAGUUCUAUUGUGCCGGCUCGGGGCAAGUUGUCAUCCAGAGACAUUAUUAAAGAGAGUUUCAAGGACUACCAAGCUAGAAAUUACAGAAGCCUCUUCUCGGGACGCAAGAUGGCACAGCAUUCGGCUGUAACCUUUAUCAUCUGGCUAACGAUUGGUAUUGCUUAUCCACUCUUCUUUGCGUUCAUCACCUCCUACAUUGAGGCGCAUUCCAGCUAUUCAGCUGACACGUCUUUCAACCAUACCUAUAUGGUGUACUGCAUCGUUUCGGCUGUUGGGGUCGUCGGCCCUAUAACAGCUGGCUUUGCGGUCGAGUCGCGAUUUGGCCGAAGGUACAUGAUGGCUGGCUCAGCUGUUUUGACGGGAGUAUUUUUGUUUGCUUACACGACUGUCAAGUCUGAAGCAGCGAACAUUGGCUUCCAGUGUGCAACAGCUAUUCUUGGAAACUUCGAGUACGCCGUCAUGUUUGCAUUCGCCCCCGAGUCAUUCCCUGGGCCGAUUAGGGGAACGGGAACUGGCAUAGCUGCUACGCUGCUCCGCCUUGGUGGCGUGGCCGCGUCCUUCAUCUCUACUUACGCAGGAUAUACCGUCGUACCGAUCUAUGUAAGUGCGGCGCUGUGGGUUGUUGUCGGACUCUUUUGUCUUGCCUUGCCGUACGAGACCCAUGGGAAGGCCUCGAUAUAG